AUGGCUGAUUCACGUGUUGAUCCCAAGAAAAUCGAAAGAAUCCUCCGUGAGAGAUUUCACCCAAGGAAGGAGGAGAGUGGAAUGCUCACCAUGUUCCUCCACAACGGAUCUACAGUCGUGGAUUCCAUCCAGAUGGCACAAGGACGUGAGCUUAGAAUGCUCGCCCUUGAAGCAUGGAACAAGGCCAAGCCAAUGGAUCUCGAGCGCCUGAAGAAAGACCCAGACAUGACGCAAGGGCUCGAGCGCUACAUGGACCAAUUGACAAUGGCCAAUGCAAAGGACAUCCAGACGGCGCAGGCACGCCCCCUGGUUGUCGGAUGA